AUGUGGGGAGCCGGCCGGGGGCAGCGCACGGAGCCCCUGCCGGGACUUGCGACCCCCCUGCCCGCCAUGUCCUCCUCGUCCAGCUCCUCGCAGACCCCGCCCGGGCACCACCCGCCGCAGAGGAUGAGGCGCGGCGCCGCCGGGUCACCCACCGCGGCCAGCGGCGCCGCCGGCAACGGUGCGGGGGGAGGCGCCGCCAGCAGCGCCGGGACCAGCCGGCUGCUGCAGCCCAUCCGAGCGACCGUGCCCUACCAGCUCCUGCGGGGCAGCCAGCACAGCCCGACCCGCUCCCCUUCCGCCUCGGUGGGGAGCAACACCGGGCCGGCGGGCGGCGGAGGGGGCCGCGGCAGCAGCCCACCCAGCCCGACGCCGCCGCUGGCAGCGCCUGCCCCCCCGGGAGGCGGCGUGGCGGACCCGGGGAGGGUGAAGGGCAGGCAGCGGCGCUCGCCGGAGAGCGGUGGCAGCAGGAGGAGCAGCUCACCUGAGAGACGGAGCCCCAGCUCCCCGGUGUACAGAGUGGACAGGCCAAAAUCCCAGCAAGUUAGAACCUCUGGUACCAUAAGGCGAACCUCUUCUUUGGACACAAUAACAGGACCUUAUCUCACAGGACAAUGGCCUCGUGAUCCCCAUGUACACUACCCCUCAUGCAUGAAAGAUAAAGCUACUCAGACACCUAGCUGUUGGGCAGAAGAGGGAUCAGAAAAGAGAUCGCAUCAGCGUUCAGCAUCGUGGGGGAGUGCUGAUCAACUAAAAGAGCAGAUUGCCAAAUUGAGGCAGCAGCUCCAACGCAGCAAACAGAGCAGUCGUCACAGUAAAGAAAAAGAACGUCAGUCACCGCUCCAUGGCAACCAUAUAGCAAUCAGUCAGACUCAGGCUUCUAUCUCCAGAUCAGUCCCUAUGCCACUGUCAAAUAUUUCAGUGCCAAAAUCAACUGUUUCACGUGUGCCGUGCAAUGUAGAAGGAAUAAGCCCUGAAUUAGAAAAAGUAUUCAUUAAAGAAACCAGUGGAAAAGAAGAAGUAUCCAAGCCUUUGGAUAUUCCUGAUGGUCGAAGAGCACCCUUGCCUGCUCAUUAUCGUAGCAGUAGCACGCGUAGCAUUGAUACACAGACUCCCUCUGUCCAAGAGCGUAGCAGCAGCUGCAGCAGCCACUCACCAUGUGUCUCUCCCUUUUGCCCUCCGGAAUCUCAGGAUGGGAGUCCUUGCUCAACAGAAGAUUUGCUAUAUGACCGUGAUAAAGACAGUGGGAGUAGCUCACCGUUGCCCAAGUAUGCCUCAUCUCCCAAACCAAACAACAGCUACAUGUUCAAACGAGAGCCCCCAGAGGGAUGUGAGCGAGUGAAGGUCUUUGAGGAAAUGUCGUCUCGUCAGCCUGUCUCAGCCCCGCUCUUUUCAUGCCCUGACAAAAACAAGGUUAAUUUCAUCCCAACCGGAUCAGCUUUCUGUCCUGUAAAACUUCUGGGUCCCCUACUACCUGCUUCUGACCUGACUCUCAAGAACUCUCCAAACUCUGGUCAAAGCACAGCUUUGAGCACUCUGACUGUUGAGCAGCUUUCAUCUCGGGUCUCCUUCUCAUCUCUGUCAGACGACACCAGCACAAUGGACUCUACAGAGGUCUCAGUACAACAGCCAUCCCAACAGCAGCAGCCGCUUUUGCAGGAACUUCAGACUGAAGAACUCUCCUCUCCUCAGAGCUAUGUGAUAAUCUAGACCAAGGUGGAGCAGGCCUCUGCCCUGAAACAAGGACUGGGGAGUCUAUACUAAUACAUCUGCAUGGAGUGGCAACCUUUUCAGAACAAAACAAAUACUUAUCAGCAUCUUAAAAAUAUCUCAACGCUGUUCUUGGCAGGGACAGAACUCAUAUUCAGCAUUUUUUUGUGAAAAAGCAGUAAUGCUUGCAAAAACCGUGUAUCAUUAAGCAUUUAAGUGGAGACUAUGCAUUUCAUAGUAUGACCAGAUUAGUACUGUGUCUUGUGUUCUGUUUCAAAUUCUACAGUAUAAAUAAGCUCUGUAUCAAAAAAGUUGCCUGUCUGAAUAGAAAAUGUCUUGCUGUGUUGUGUCCUAUGGAAAAUACUGUACUUCAGGAUUAUGUUUACAAUUGAUCCAGGUGUUUAUGUUUCUAACUUCUGUAAUACAUACAAUGCAAAAAAAAAUUAAAAAUGGCCACAACAGUUGCACAGUGCCCGCCCUAUGGCCUAGCUUCAGGUACUUCUCUCGAAGUCUAAACUCAG